AUGAGGGUUAUAGGUUUCUUAAGCCAAUUAGAGGAACUCCAGCUUUUUGGCAGUCAGUUCAGAAAGACAUCUUUAGCAUGCGUACGUCAGUUGGGGAUCCCGACAUGGUUUUGCUCGUUUUCCUCUGCGGAUCUGCGCUGGCAGAAUCUUUUGACCACUAUUCUAAAACAGGAAGGCAGGACACAGACUGUAGAGGAUUUGGAGUGGGCAGACAGGUGUGAGUUGUUGCGUCGUAACCCGGUCACAGCUGCGAGGAUGUUUGACUACAGAUGGCAUUGUUUUUUGAACGAGGUUCUCAUGUCUCCUUCCCAACCAAUUGGCAAAAUCAUUGAUCACUUUUAUAGGGUAGAAUUUCAGCAGCGCGGUUCUCCUCAUGUACACUGUCUGUUUUGGAUUGAGGGUGCUCCCCAAAUUGAUAAAAACACAGAUGAGGAGGUCGUUGAGUUCAUAGAUAAAUAUGUUACAUGCGAGUUACCCUCAGAUGAUGAUACAUUAUUGGACAUUGUGUCAUCAGUUCAAUCACACUCGAAACGACAUUCUAAAUCAUGCAGGAAAAAGAAAACAACAUGUCGGUUUAAUUUCCCAAAACCUGUUUCAUCUAGGACGUUUGUUUGUAAAAUAGAGACAAAAGACUGCAAAUGUGAUCAUAAGGUGAAGGAGACCAUGAAUGAUCCUGGAUCAAGGAACCAUCCAGUCUGUAAGUGUUGUGAUGAUGAUUUGAUGCCAAAAGAGAGGGCACAGUAUAUUUUGCAAAAUGUUAAGACAGCUGUUAAGAAAGCUCAGGAAGAAGUGAGUUUUGUCAGUGUAGAGGAUUUGUUUCAGACUCUAGGCAUCAAUCAGGGCAUCUUUGAAGAGGCUUAUCGAAGAUUGGAAAAAAAGAGCACGGUGGUUUAUAGGAGAGGGGUGAACGAAGUUUGGGUAAACCAGUAUAGUAAGCAGUUGUUGAAGUGCUGGAAUGCAAAUUUGGACAUUAGCUUUGUCACCGACGCCUAUGCAGUCGUCAUCUAUAUCAUAUCUUAUAUUACUAAAGCAGAGAGAGAAAUUGGCCUAUUAUUGAGUAACGCCCAAAAAGAAGCAACAAAACAAGGAAAUCUCUCUGCUAAAGAAGCAUUAAAAAAGCUAGGCAGUGUAUAUUUACACAAUAGGGACGUCUGUGCUCAGGAGGCGGUGUAUAGGCUAACCAACAUGCAUCUGAAGGAGUGUUCCAGAAAGGUUGUGUUUGUGCCAACUGGGAACAACAUAGUGAAGAUGAGUUUACCCCUCAGUGUUUUGAAACAGAGAACAGUUUGUACUGAGCUUAAGACAGAGGACAUGUGGAUGCCUGGCAUAGUGGACAGGUAUAGGAACAGGCCUGACAAUGAUGUCUUUGAUAACAUGUGCAUGGCUACAUUUGCGUCUGAGUAUCGUGUUCUCUCCAAGAACGAGAAGUCUAAUGACAUGAUUGAACUGAAAAGUGGUUUAGGCUUCAUCUUGAUGAGAACACGCUCUCAGUUCGCAGUUGUUCGUUAUAUGCGUUUUGAUUUAGAGAAACGUGAGGAGGACCAUUUUCAGAGUCUGAUGCAAUUGUUCCUUCCCUAUAGAGCUGACUCAGACCUAAAACCUGAAGGCUUUGAAAUGUUUAGUCAGUUCUAUAAAGGUGGCGAGGUGACAUUAAGUGAUGGUUCUGUGCAUUUGGUUAAGACCGUGGUUGACGAGAACAGGGCAAAGUUUGAAGUAGAUUGUCCUGAUUUGGAAAGAGCUCAGGAAAUUGUCGAGCAAAACGGAGUUGAUGAAGACGUUUGGGGGGAGCUGUGUCCUGAACAGGAAGUGGAACGCCUUGAAUGUGUAGAGGACAUGAGACAGCAACAGGAAGGUGAGAAAAGGGAUGAACAGUUAAUAGAAGCAAUGGAAAAUGUUCCAGACUUGGCUGUUGAUAACAAACAAUUAGCACAUAUAGAGAGACCCAGGAAAAUUAUGCCUAGAAGUGAGGGGUUAGCUUUGGUUAGGUCUCUGAAUGAGACACAGAUGGCUGUUUUUAAUAAGGUCAGACAGUGGUGUUUGCAGAAGGUGAUGGGUAAAAACCCAGAGCCUAUGCAUGUCUUUGUGACAGGUGGCGCAGGGACGGGGAAAAGUCACUUAAUUAGAGCUAUUCAGUAUACGGCAGGGAGGCUGUUGUCAACACUUUGUCAUCAACCAGACGAUAUUUGUGUUUUGUUAACUGCUUCAACAGGCAUAGCUGCAUACUCUUUAAACGCAGCUACAAUCCAUCACACACUCAGUAUUGGCACACACUCUAGUUUACCUUAUACCCCUUUGGGUGAAGAUAAACUAAACUCUUUAAGAGCAAAAUUUAGUCAACUCCAAAUUUUAAUCAUUGAUGAAAUAAGUAUGGUUGAUCACAAUCUGUUGACCUAUGUUCAUGGCAGGUUGAGGCAGCUUAAGCACACUGGUGACUUUUCCCCAUUUGGUAAUGUUAGUGUGAUAGCUGUUGGUGAUUUUUAUCAGUUGCCUCCUGUUAAAGGGAAGCCCCUGCAUAACAGUCAGGUUGGUGUGGGCUUGUGGUGCCAUUUCAGUGUAGUGGAGCUGAAAACAAUAGUUAGGCAGAAGGAUAGCUCAUUUGCAGAGUUAUUGAACAGGUUGCGAGUGCGUUCCAAAAAAACCCCCAUGUUAGAGAGCGACGUUGAGAUGCUGAAAUCACGUGAGACAGGGGAAGACAGCUCGGCCUUGCAUAUUUUCCCAACAAAUAUGCAAGUAAAUGAACACAAUUUCAAUAAGUUGUUUGCCAUGUGUCCUGAUUACAUCAAAAUUGAGGCUAAAGAUUUCAUAACAAACAAGAAAACAGGGAAAUUGGAACGUGGUACCCAAAAUAAUGCUUUGGACACAUGUUUAGAACAAACGUUGUAUUUGGCCAAGAAUGCGCGUGUUAUGUUAUGUAAGAACGUGGAUGUUGAAGACGGUCUGGUGAAUGGAGCAUGUGGCACUGUCACUGACAUGGAUUUUGGUAAAGAUAAAACAUUUCCUCUAAAAAUUUAUGUUACCUUUGAUGAUGAUAAAAUUGGCUUACAGAGGAGGAAGACACAUGCCCAUUCAGCAGUAGAAUGCAGGAAUUCUACUGCUAUUGAACCAGAGAAGGAGAAGGCCACUAAACGGGGUUGUGUGCGUUUACAGUUUCCUCUGAAAUUAGCGUGGGCGUGUACUGUACACAAAGUUCAGGGCUUAACUGUAGAUGAAGCUGUUGUAUCUUUGAAGAAGGUGUUUGCACCUGGGCAGGCGUAUGUAGCUCUGAGUCGUGUUAGGGCUUUGUCUGGACUGAUCAUCAGGGAUUUUACAGAGAAGGCCAUUUACUGCAAGGACACCAUAAAGGAGGCCAUGGAUAGCAUGCCUCCAUUUUUAAUUGAACAACCUAAGCCUUCAAUAAAUGCACAAAGUUUCUCUGUGUAUUUAAUGAACGUUCAGAGUUUAAAUCGCCACCUUUCAGAUUUGGUGUCCUGCACACAGCAUUUGCAGCCUCACUGUAUUGCUGUCACAGAAACGUGGCUCACUGCACAAACCUCAUUAAACAGUGUGCAAAUGUGUGGGUACACUUUCCACAGUCGUCCUCGAAGUUUGUGUUACAGCAGCAAUAACCCCAAAUUGACAGAGCUGCAAAAUCUACAACAUGGUGGAGUUGGUUUGUACUGUUUAGACAAUUUGGACUGUCAGAUUCUGCAGGUACCAGACUUAAAUCUGGAGUGUUUGGUAUGCCUGUGUAUCAAUUUAAACAUAUUGAUGGCAGUACUUUAUCGUCCACCAUCUUAUCCAAGAUCUCUAUUUAAACACAAUGUGGAGAAGUUACUUGACUGGUUAAAUCCAAUCAGUAAAACAAUUGUGCUAAUGGGAGACUUUAAUGAAAACAUUUUACAAGACUCAUCAAUUUGUACAUUCCUGAGCUUAAAAGGAUUUAAGCAGCAUGUAACACAAGAAACUACAGAGAAGGGGACAUUGAUUGAUCAUGUAUAUGUUAAAACAACACAGUAUAAUGUGGAAUGUGCAGUGAUGCCAGCGUAA